UGCACAUUGGCAAACAUACACACGAAACAGGACCAAGCAAUUUGACUGAAACGCAAAAGCCGACCCAUCAUGCUCCUCAAUCGAUUCGCCGCCCGAACGACCACGACAGCGACCCCGCUCGGCAACAGCGCCGCCCGCGCUCGAAACCUGAGCAGUUCCAGCGUGCUUCGAGACCUGGCCGCGCUUCGACAGAACAAGCCUGACGAUGUGGUCAUCACCUACGCCAAAAGAACAGCCCUAACCCGAGCCAAAAAGGGCGCUUUCCGGGAUACAUCCUCCGAUAGCUUGUUGUACGAGCUCUUGAAGCGGGGGAUGGAGGAGAGUGGGGUAGACAAGAAGAUCGUCGGGGAUAUCAUCGCUGGUACCUGCCACCCCCCCUCCCCAGCCUACGAACUCCGCGCCUCUUCCCUCGCCGCCGGGUUCCCCGAAACCACCCCUGUCCAAGCUAUAAACAGGCUUUGUUCCAGCGGUCUGAUGGCUAUCCGGCAUAUUAGCGAUAGUGUUGCUAGAGGGGAUUUGGAGGUGGGUGUGGCGGUGGGGUAUGAGAGUAUGAGUAGUCACCCCCGCCCAACCCCUCACUUUGGCUCCCAAGCCGUCCAAUCCCACGCCCCCUCCGUCGACUGUGCCAAACCAAUGGGCUGGACCUCCGAGAUGCUCGCCCUCGAAUACUCCAUCUCGCGUGAAAAACAAGACGAAUACGGUCUUCUUUCCCAUAACCGAGCGUCUGCCGCACAGCAGGCUGGGAAAUUCGACGGGGAGAUCAUCAAGGUUUCAACCUCCGUCUUAGUCGACCCGAAGGACCCUAAUUCUGAGAGGACGAACGUGCUCGCGGACAAGGACGAUGGGAUAAGACACGGUCAGACCCUAGAAAAGAUGCGCGCCGGAAAACCCGCCUUCAAGGAUUACGGCGACGCCAGGAGCACCGGUGCCAACUCUUCCCAAGUGACCGACGGGGGAGCGAUGGUCAUCAUGAUGCCCCGAUGGAAAGCCGACGAGUUGGGAUUAGAGGUCUUGGCUAAACAUGUGGCUACGAGCUUCGUCGGUGUCGCCCCCAGGGUGAUGGGGAUCGGACCUGUGGUCGCUAUCCCGAAAGCGCUCGAACGAGCUGGCAUCAAGCAGGACGACGUGGAUCUCUGGGAGAUCAACGAAGCGUUCGGAUCGAUGUACGCUUAUUGCGUCGAGACGCUCGGUCUGGACAUUGAAAAGGUCAACGUCAACGGGGGUGCCAUUGCAUUGGGACAUCCGCUUGGAUGCACCGGAGUGCGCCAAGUAGUCACCGGUCUCGCCGAGCUCAAGAGGAGGGGCGGCGAAGGCCAAGUCUUGUGCACGUCGAUGUGUGUCGGAGCCGGAAUGGGAGCCGCAGGAAUCUUUGUUACGUGAGGAAUAGGAAGCGGGUUUAUCCGCAGUUGUAUGUCUUACGAGAUCGGUAUUAUGCAAGCGUUUGUUCGUCCUCGCAUCGGAA